GGCGUCAGAACCGCGUCAGCACGUGUUCACAUAAGGAUCCCGUCCACCAUUGCACCGUGAAACAACUCGAGUUGAGGCUGUUUUUCUCCUGGAGUUAUGGCAAGCAUAGAUGUAUUGUCCUCCAGGUUUUCCACCUUUCAAAGCAUGCACCUCCUUGAUUUACGCAAACAAAGCUUUGUAGACUGGCCAUUUAGAGAUGAAUGUAAAUGCACUCCUGACAAGAUGGCCAACGCUGGGUUUGUCCACUGCCCCAGUGAGAAUGAACCUGAUGUGGCGUGCUGCUUCUACUGUCUGAUCGAGCUUGAGGGCUGGGAGCCAGAUGAUGAUCCCUGGUCUGAACACUUAAAACGCUCCCCUGACUGUGGAUUCUUAACCAAUAUAAAUGAUUUCACUGAAAUGACUGUGGUUGAUUUCUGUCGUAUGGAAAAGGCGAGGUUAAAGAUCUUCAUUAAAAAAAUUGGUCAUAAAAAGAUGGCAUGUUUGCGGGAGGAGGUAGACCGUACCCUUCAGAGCCUUCAAUCUCUUUUUGACACUUUGUGAUUGAAAUCAAACUUCCUGUCUGUUUUGUUGUGAUUGUUUUUAUUAUUUUAUAUAGAUAUAUUUAUCUUAAGGGUGUACCAUAAGCUUAAACUCUUGACUUGAAUAGUUUUAUUUAAUGGUAGUAUGAAAUAUCAAUAAAGUUUUUCGAAAUAUUA